AGAUUAUUUACAUCCAAUGCAAGAUGGCGUCAGGUGUAGCAGUGAAGACGAAACGGAAAGGAAAAGACAAUGUGACAGCAUACAGUGAGCUGGCCAUGCGAGGGAAUGCCUUUGUACUGGAGUACUGUAGGACUUCCAUGUCUGCUCUGUCAGGAGCUGCCGCAGGUAUUCUCGGACUAACCGCACUCUAUGGCUUCGCAUUUUACUUUGUCACAUCCAUUCUCUUAUCAGUUAUGCUGUAUUUCAAGGCAGGAUCAGCUUGGCACAAAUACUUUGUGAACAGACGAGGCCUUUUUAUAAAUGGACUUCUUGGUGGACUAUUUACCUACAUUCUGGUUUGGACAUUUUUAUAUGGGAUGGUUCAUGUUUACUGACGAGGUGCAUCACAAUGACACAGGACUUCUUACUAGACAGCUGAAACCUCUACAGAACACCUGUCAUCUAAGCCUGCCCUGGUCUUCUGUCCGGAUAUCCUUAUAUAGGAGGGGAGAUGAAGAAAUGUGUAUAUAAAUCUACUUACAAUUUUCCAUGUGUACAGUAACAGUUCGCCAAUGUAUUGAUAGUAGGUGGCUGUGUUUAUCCCCGAGUGAUUACUGACCACCAAACUAAGUAACUAGUAAUAGGCCAAUAAUGACGGCCAGGUCAUAGCUUCAAUGCUCAAACUAGACAAACGUCAAGUGUCACACAAAACAAUAAAAAGUGUGUUAAUUUAGAAAUUGAUAUCCAUUUGAUUAAAUCGUAGCAGGCAACAAAGUUGUAUUUAUAUAUAUUGAGUGGGAACGGCGUAGAUGACAUUUCCUAAAUUAUACUAGUCAGAUUAAUCGUAUGAAUGAGAUACUUAUCCUAUUUGAUUUGCACUUAUAUUAGUGGAAGAUAUGACCACAACAACUGUUUGCCUUUCUGAAUGGUCGGUCUGCUUCUCCCAUAUCCAUUGUCAGUUCUAUCAGGUCCACCUUGAUCAAGUGUCUGAAAGUUGUGAUCCUUGGCCUCCAUCUCUUGUGAUUACUAAACAAAUAUUUAUCACAUAUGUGUUUCAACAAUCUCUACACCAGAUGCUAAUUAAGGUUUUCAACAAAUCUAUGCUCGACACUCCUCCUAGGAGAUAUUUGAUUUCCCCAAUAUGUUGAUGUUUUUUCCUCCCUAGUUCUUAUGCGGGAUUUUGGGGUGUUUUUAUCAUUGAUCAAUUUAAUUAAAGACGUUUUCAUGAUUAACAGAUAAAGGAAUUUGUUUUUGAUAGUAAUUGUAUCUUGUCUUGGUGCAAUAACAGAAGAAGUAUGGCAGUUAUACACCGACAUAUGUGUCUGUAGGUGAAGGAGUAAUAGUUAUAUACAGAAGUAUAAUUAUGUGUGUAGGGGAAGGAGUGAUAGUUAUAUACAGAAGUAUAAUUAUGUGUCUGUAGGUGAAGGAGUGAUAGUUAUAUACAGAAGUAUAAUUAUGUGUCUGUAGGUGAAGGAGUGAUAGUUAUAUA